GCAAGCGAGGAUACUCUCUCUUUGAGCUUCCACGCACAGAACCCUGAAGUUCCCAGUUCCCACCGUUAGUUUGCACCUUCGAUCGAUCCGCACGGGCAGAACCCAUCGACUCAGGUUCGUUCUCUUUUAUGGGUUUUUAAUAUUUUGGUUGUUGUUCAAUAGCUCUGUUCGCCAGGUUGUAGUUGUGUAUGAUCAGAUAAUAAAGGUCCAUUGUACAUCAACUGUUUGUUAAAAUUUCAAAGUGUAUGAAGCAACCCAUGAACGCAACUGAAGCUUUGAGGCAGAGUUAUAAAGAUUUCUGCUUUGAUGGUCGAUAUAGACAAUGUUUGGAUGAUCUAUAAGGGGAAAUUUGCAUACUGAGGGUGAUAUUAACCAUCUUCUAGCCUUUCUGUUGUUGGAGUGGAGGGCUAUUGCCCAUGAUUUUGUAAUGGUAUUAUUUACUGUCUACCUGUCGACAGGCAGCCAGUGAUGCUGGGUGGUUUGGUGGAUAUACUAGCUGCUGUACUCAUUAACAAUUCAGUUGGCAAAACUUUGAAAUAUUAACCAUGGUUUUAUCCACUGCUGGCCUGCGUACAAACAGGGAAAUGGUGUUCUACUCCAAUGAUCUAGUUACGAGAAAUAUUGGUUGUUCUACUACAAUUAUCUGAUUUCAAGAAAUACUUCAAUGUGGCCCAUCUGAGAGAUGAGUUCCAUAUUAGGUAGAACAGAGCAGUUGCCAGGUAACCUGAUUGUGCCAGGUGUGGUUUCUGUUUUGCACAGAUUAAUUUUCUGUGCAUCUUUCUUGGCCUUCCUGAAGAGAAGUGAUUCGUCAAUGAAAAAAAAAAUUCCCCUGGAAGCACACUUGUAAAAGAAAUGUUGGAAGCAUCAAAUUUCGUAGUGAUUUGCAAAUUCUGUUCUCUUGUCUCUUGCAGCCAACUGGAACUGGCCCCUGCACCAAUUGGAUGUGAAGAAUCCCUUCCUCAACUUACAGAGGACUCUGCACCUGUAUUUGGAGAUGGUUGAAGUCAGAAGGGGACUUUUCUUCAACUCCCUGAGAGGAAGCUUUGGAAUGGCCAUCAUUAAUGGAUUAUUAUCAGCAUUUGGAAUGACCAUAAUCUUUCCACUCGGAGGGUAUCUUCUCUCAAUGAAAUCUGGAUAUGAAAUUCUUGUAUAAUAUAUGAAAACGGCGCUAGAAAUGAUUAGGGUACUCUUCGCACAUCAUUGCUUCAGCAAAAAAUAUUCAUUGGGAGCAUGUUUUGCUUCUGUUAUUGGGCCCAGUGUAGCAAGAUCAACUUUUACUGGGGAACGCAGCCGAAGCCCCAAGUUCCCAGAGUUUUUAGUUUCAUCUAUACCCCAUAAAUUAACUCGGGCUCCAUGCUUUCAGCAAUUUUCUACUGCCACAGAGCCUCAUAGGAUCUUGUGGAAAGGUUCGUCUGAUGCACUCUUAUUGGACAAGCUUGAAGCUGCUUUAAAGGAUCAUAGAGUGGAUGAAGCAUGGGAGGCAUUUAAUGAUUUCAAAAGCUUGUAUGGUUUUCCAAAAUACUCUCUUGUUAACCAAUUGGUUGUUGAGUUGUCCUAUUCAUCUGAUUCCCAUUGGCUUCGAAAGGCAUAUGAUCUCAUCCUCCUGAUUCUAAAUGAGAAGCCUGAUUUGCUUCACCAUGACUUCUUGACCCGGUUGGCUCUUUCCCUGGUAAGAGCUCAAAUGCCUAUUCCUGCUUCUACCAUUCUCAGAUUGGUGAUGGAAAAAGAUAAGCUUCUAUCCAUGGAUUUAUGGAAAACCAUCUUUAUUCAUAUGGUCAAGACGGAUGUAGGGACGUGUAUUGCAUCCAAUAUCUUGGCUGAGAUUUGUGAAUGUUUCCUGCAUCGUAAGGUUGAUCACAAUGUAAAAAGUUUGAAAUGCUCAAGUUUGAUAAAGCCUGAUACAAUGAUCUUCAACCUUGUUCUUGAUGCCUGUGUACGGUUUAGAUCAAUGUUGAAGGCCCAACAGGUAAUAGAGUUGAUGCCACGGGUAGGAGCUGUAGCUGAUGCACACUCCAUUGUGAUUAUUGCUCAGAUCCACGAGAUGAACGGACAAAGGGAUGAGCUGAAGAAAUUUAAACACCAUGUCGAUGGAGUUUCAAUCCUGUUGCUUCACCAAUAUCGGCAGUUCUACAACAGUUUGCUGAGCUUGCACUUCAAAUUCAAUGAUUAUGAUGCUGCAUCCGGGUUAGUGUUGGAUUUGUAUAGACACCCAAGAUCUUCCCAUAGAAAGGAUCUUCAAAAGCCUUGUGUAGUUCUAAUUGGUUCUGGUAAUCCUAGGAUGGGACUGAGAAUGCAGGUUGAACCUGAGCUGUUGCAGAAGAAUUUUGUUUGUGGAGUGGGCAGUCGGCCUGAACUUAUUAAUUUCAUGGAUGGGAGACUUGUUCCUAGUAACAAGGCCCUUGCCAAGCUCAUUAUUGGCUUCAAGAGAGAUGGGAAGGUUGGUGAGCUAUCAGUGCUUCUUGCUAACAUUCAGACAGAGUUGGGCUCAUCCCAAGAAGCCAAUUUGAGGCCUGAAGUGAUCAAUGCUUGCAUUCAGUUGGGUUGGCUGGAGACUGCCCAUGACAUUUUGGAUGACAUGGAACUGGCUGGAAAGCCUGUCGGUUCUGUUACGUAUUUUUCUCUCUUGAGAGCAUAUUGCAGAGGAAACAUGUUGAAAGAAGGCAAGGUAUUAGUUAGACAAAUGAGAAAGGCGGGUUUGUUCACAGACUUGCCUGAUGAGGAGGUUAUCUCGACAUGUCUUUCAGAAGAAAGUGGCAUUUAUCUUUUUGAUACAAAGCCUGCCUCUGUAGUUGAGAAAUCAGGUUUGGCGGAGUCUUUGACCCGAGAAAUGAGGGAGGAGGAAAAUGAAACAUUUUCACUGGUUUACAAAAUUGAUUCUUCAAUUUAUUUCUUUUGCAAGGCCAAAAUGAUGGAGGAUGCUUUGAAGGCAUACCGAAGGAUGCAGGAAAGGAACAUCCAGCCAACUGUGCAUACUUAUUUUAACCUGAUAAAUGGGUAUUCUUCUUUGGAUAUGUAUCGUGAGAUUACAAUUUUGUGGGGGGAUAUCAGGAGGCGACUGCAUAGUGGAGAUUUAGAGGCGAACAGAGAUUUGCAAGAGUUAUUGCUGUGGAAUUUUAUUCGAGGUGGGUACUUUGAGAGAUUGAUGGAAGUCAUAAGUUACAUGAUACAGCAUGGUAUGUAUAUUGACAAGUGGAAGUAUAAGAGAGAAUUCCUAAAAUUCCACAAGGGUCUUUAUAGAAAUUUAAAGGCAUCAAAAGCUAAAACCGAGGCUCAGAUUAAGAGGCUUGAGCAUGUCAGUGCAUUCAGGAAAUGGGCUGGUAUUGAUUGAAUGUUGUUGCUUUUGUUCAAGCAUAGUUUCAUUAGGGUGCAGCCCUUUACGCCAAAGUGUAGUCGUCUUUAGAUCCAUGGAAACAAACUUGAAAGAUAAAUCAACAGAAACGACCAUGUUGAUGGCUGAGCUGGAAACUAUCUUCAUGAAAAUCUGCCGCUGAUCAACCGGUUAUAAUGUUCUUAUAUCAGGCAAGGUUUUAAUGGUCAGAGUGGACUUGCUUCUGAACUUCACUGUCUGGUGCGGAUUUAGGCUCUGCAAGUUAUUGAACAUUGGAAAAUUUGAUGUCUUCCAAACCCCGGAGUAUGUCAAAUAGAAGUAUUUCUGAGUCUGAGGUUUAAACUGUCAGAUUUAGACUCAACUCAAUUCCAUCACUCCAUAUUAAUAACAGAAAUGUCCUCAUGAUCCCCUAUCUAAUGAUAUAAUGAUUGAUAGCACCUUUCCAAAUUCUUACUAAAUUACUGUCUUCAGAAAAUGUGGAAGAGAAUUUGGUGUUAUAAAGUUAUUCGUUAUAUCAAACUCUUUUCUAUUCUUUAUAGGGGACCCAUAAGAAGUUAGGCAAAUAGAAAACUUAAGUUUACUACUGUAUUCUUCUAAGCUCUAAAUGUAUUAUGGUUCAUGUAUGAGCCUUCAAUAGUUAGCUGUUAAUAUCAUCGUUAUUAUUGAUCUUGAUAUGCAAGCGGUUUUGUAGUUUGUUGCUGAAGAUGAGUAUAUAACCAGGUCCUUUUUUCACUGGAUUGGAUAAAAACUUUUUUUUUUUUUGGGUUGAAAUGCAAAACUAAACAACUUAACCCUCUAUUCCUUUUUAUAUGGAGGGCUGAAAUCAUGCAUGUAUACUUUGCGUCUGAAAGGUCCUUCACAGAUCAUCCAUAGGCAAUAGUGUAAUGCCAUAGGUCCAUACCCUUAGUGUUUCAGUCUUCUCCUUGCAAAUAAGAAGCCUUAGUACCAAAAAAAAAAAAGAAAGGCUCCAUUUGUUUCAGCGUGAAGUAGUUGAAAAAACAAAUUUUACUAUAAAAUAAAAAUUUCCACGAUUUCUUUAUAAUUUGGAAAAUUUUUAUGAAGGAAAUUUUUACACAAGACCAGAUAUUUUCUGGAUUAAACUUGGAUAAAUUUUACAUUCCAUUUGUUGGUCAAGCGUUCCAUUGAAAAUUUUGGGCUUUGUUCUACAUGAAUUUGCAAAAAUAACCAGAGCGAGGAAGGGAGAAAGAAAUGGUUUUGAGGAAUGCAAAUCUCCUCCACAUUUGAGUACCAGUUCAAACUGGCACUAGAUCGAUUGAGGUUGCUGGCAUGGGAGUCUCUGCAACUCCAUUCAGUCAAUGUCCACUCAUGGAACCAAUCAUCUUGACAAGGAAGAAGUGAUGGAGAGCUCGGUGUUGUCAAGAACAUUGGGGACCAGUGUUCAUGGCUGUUUUUCCGGGUUUGCUGAUCCAGGCGCGGAGUUGGAACCAGGUCAUCGAGUUCGGCAACUUCCAGAUCAUUGGGUUACCUUGUUGCCCCAGCUGGCUUGCAAAUUUGUAGAGUAUAUCACUCUGCCAUUAUUGAUUCAUUUUCCCUUCUAGUAAAGAGAUGCUUGAAGAAUGCUCGAAUUGUCAGUUUGUUCACCAUUAGAGAUGGGGGGGCUGGGUAGCUUGGCUGGGCCAUAAGAAGGGAGUGGAUUGUGAUUCAGCAAACACCUCAGGUGUCGACCAAUCAAUUUCAUUGGGAAUUAUCAAGAAUUGUUGAAUCCUUAUAUUUGUGGAUGUUGUGAACUUGUAAUCAAGUAUGGUUCACAAAUUAUAUUGAUUCUUUUUUUUUUUCCCCCCUUCAAAAUGUUAAUAUAUAUUUGGUUGUUUAGCUUAUUUUCAUAUGAAAUGGAACUCUGAGCGUCUGCAUCUGUGUCUUGUUUAAA